AUGCUUCAGCGAUAUAUCGAGCAGCAAGCUGCAAUCUUUGCCACUCUCACAGUGAAGGAUAUCAGGAAAAAUGCAGACACCCUUGUUACUCUGUCAGAGGAAGAUGUCCGCGCAGUAGAAGAUGCGGUAAAUGUUCUUCGACCAUUGAAGACAAUAACAACAAUCCUCUGUUCAGAGAAAGUGCCCACAGUUUCCAUGAUUCUACCAUUAAAGGAGCUUAUUCUGAAAUACAUGGCUGUCACUGAAAGUGAUUCUGGCCUUGUCAAGUCUGUGAAGUCGGCAAUUGUCAAAGAUCUGAAGACCAGAUAUACUGAGCCUGACAUCAACAAAUUUCUACAGGAAGCAACUGCCCUUGACCCCAGGUUUCGAUCACUACCCUACCACAAUGAAGCCAACCGGCUUCUUGUAUUCAGUGCCCUGACCAUGAAUGCGAUCAAGAUGGCAGAAGCAAACAAGGAUGAACUGGCUCCAGUGAGAGUGAAGGAGGAACCGAGUCAUCCCACAGAUGAAGCGAUAGCACAGCCCCCCCUACCUGUAUUGCCUCAAACCGACAGUCAGCCCCCUGAGUGUAAUGACACUGAGACUGGUGGGACACAGACUUGCACUUCAGACUCUGUUUCUGACUCUGAGACACCAGGCCCAUCACAACCAAAGAAAACCAAAAGUGCAAUUGAGGAGAUAUUUGGGGAGGUGUUCAUUACACAUGUGCAAGAGGCAAAGCCACUUUCUGCUUCCAUUGAGGAAGAGGUGCAGAAAUACAAGCUUGAGGAAUGUAUUCCAUUAACUGAAAACCCCCUGCUUUGGUGGAAGAUGAACGCAGUCAGAUUCCCAGCCCUUGCCGGUCUUGUGAAGCAGUACCUAGGAGUGUGUGCUACUUCAGUCCCCAGCGAGAGAGUAUUUUCCUCAGCUGGGGAUAUUGUCACUGCUCAACGUGCUUCACUUUCAGCUGAAAAUGUUGAUGUUCUGAUUUUCCUAAAAAAAAAUAUGAAACUUUAAUUGUAACAGAAUUAUGAUGCAUGAAGCACACUGAAAAAGAGUGUGUAACCAUUUGUCUGUUUGGCAAUGUUGUGUUAGUCAGAUUUUCAGACUCCUUGAAAGUGUCAAAGUUUAUUUCAGAAUAUCCAGAUAGCUGACUGCUGUUAAAGUAACAGAUUUGUUUAGUGUUAACUUUUAAUUUUAAAACAAAAGUAAUUGUUUUCAGGUACAAGAGAAUUGGAACAGCUUACUAACUCUGAUUGAAGAUUUCUUCUUCAAUUCAAAUAAAAGUUGUAUGCUGAUAUUUUGUUAUUCUUUUUAUUUUGUGUAUCGCGAUUCGUAUCGAAUCGUGGCAGCAGUAUCGAGAUAUGUAUCGU